AUGGCCUCGGUCACUGUGGCAGCAGCAAGACGGAGCCUGGGUCGGGCCCCUCCGUUCCUCCUCCAGCGCGGCUACCAGACCGAAAAGGGUGUCUAUGGAUACCGUCCGAGGAAACCUGAGAGCCAGGAACCCCGAAGCGGCCUGGCGCGCCCGCCAGUUGAUCAUGGACUUGCCAGACUGGUGACAGUAUAUUGUGAGCAUGGUCAUAAAGCUGCCAAAAUCAACCCCCUCUUCACUGGACAAGCCCUGCAGGAUAAUGUGCCUGAAAUCCAAGCUCUUGUGCAGACCCUGCAGGGACCCUUUAAUACCACAGGAUUAUUGAACAUGGGGAAGGACGAGGCCUCUCUUGAGGAAGUAUUAGCCUAUCUCAACCAAAUCUACUGUGGGCAGAUUUCCAUCGAAACCUCCCAACUUCAGAGCCAGGAGGAGAAAGACUGGUUUGCAAAGCGUUUUGAGGAGCUGAAAAGGGAGACAUUUACCACAGAAGAGCGAAAACAUCUGUCCAAACUAAUGCUAGAAUCUCAGGAAUUUGACCACUUUUUGGCCACCAAGUUUGCCACAGUGAAGCGAUAUGGAGGCGAAGGAGCUGAAAGCAUGAUGGGCUUUUUCCAUGAGCUGCUGAAAAUGUCAGCCUACAGUGGGAUCACCGAUGUCAUCAUUGGGAUGCCCCAUAGGGGGAGACUUAAUUUACUGACAGGCCUUCUGCAGUUCCCUCCAGAGCUGAUGUUUCGCAAAAUGCAAGGCUUAAGUGAAUUUCCAGAAAAUGUUCCAGCCACUGGAGAUGUCCUGUCUCACCUGACCUCCUCGGUUGACCUGGACUUUGGUGCACACCAUCCCCUGCAUGUGACAAUGCUGCCUAACCCCUCACACCUGGAAGCCGUUAACCCCGUGGCUGUUGGCAAGACUCGUGGAAGGCAACAGUCUAGACAGGAUGGGGACUACUCUCCAGACAUUUCGGCUCAGCCUGGGGACAAAGUCAUUUGCUUGCAGGUUCACGGUGAUGCUUCUUUCUGUGGUCAAGGGAUUGUUCCUGAAACAUUUACGCUCUCUAAUCUCCCACAUUACAGAAUUGGUGGAAGUGUUCAUCUGAUUGUCAAUAACCAGCUGGGUUACACCACUCCGGCGGAAAGAGGAAGGUCUUCCUUAUACUGUAGUGAUAUUGGGAAGCUUGUGGGCUGUGCCAUCAUUCAUGUCAAUGGAGAUAGCCCAGAGGAAGUGGUCCAUGCCACACGACUGGCUUUUGAAUACCAGCGCCAAUUCCGGAAGGAUGUGAUUGUUGAUCUGUUAUGCUAUAGGCAGUGGGGCCACAAUGAGCUGGAUGAGCCCUUCUUCACAAACCCGGUCAUGUACAAAAUCAUCAGAGCCCGAAAGAGCAUUCCAGACACAUAUGCAGAGCACCUUAUUGCCAAAGGACUCAUGACCCAGGAGGAGGUGUCAGAAAUCAAAGCCUCCUACUAUGCAAAGUUAAAUGACCAUUUGACUAACCUGACCCACUAUAGCCCCCCUGCCACUCACCUGCAGGCCCACUGGCAGGGCCUGGUUCAGCCUGAAGCUCGCAUUACCACCUGGAACACAGGUGUGCCCCUAGACCUCCUGCGGUUUAUUGGUGGCAAGUCUGUGGAGGUGCCAGAGGAACUCCAGAUGCACAGUCACCUUCUGAAGAUGUAUGUUCAGUCUAGACUGGAGAAGAUGAUGGAUGGAACCAAGUUAGACUGGGCCACGGCAGAAGCUCUCGCCUUGGGCUCCUUACUUGCUCAAGGUUUUAAUGUCCGUCUGAGUGGCCAAGAUGUUGGCCGUGGGACGUUUAGUCAAAGGCACGCAAUGGUUGUUUGCCAGAAGACUGAUGACACCUACAUCCCUCUGAACCAUAUGGACCCGAAUCAGAAGGGGUUUCUAGAGGUCAGCAACAGCCCAUUGUCAGAAGAGGCUGUCCUGGGAUUUGAGUAUGGGAUGAGCAUUGAGAGCCCUAAGUUACUGCCCAUCUGGGAGGCUCAGUUUGGUGAUUUCUUCAAUGGCGCCCAGAUCAUCUUUGACACUUUCAUCUCUGGAGGAGAGGCCAAGUGGCUCCUCCAGAGCGGCAUUGUGAUCCUUCUACCCCACGGGUACGACGGGGCUGGACCGGACCACUCCUCUUGUCGCAUAGAGCGUUUCUUGCAGAUGUGUGACAGCACAGAGGAGGGGGUGGAUGGGGACACCGUGAACAUGUUUGUGGUACACCCCACAACUCCUGCUCAGUAUUUCCAUUUGCUCAGGAGACAAAUGGUCCGGAACUUCAGAAAACCCCUCAUUGUUGCUUCUCCGAAGAUGUUACUUAGGUUCCCUGCAGCUGUGUCAAGUCUCCAAGAAAUGGCACCAGGAACAACAUUCAAACCGGUUAUUGGUGAUUCAUCUGUGGAUCCAAAAAAUGUUAAGAGUCUAGUGUUCUGCUGUGGCAAACACUUCUAUGCUCUGCUGAAGCAAAGAGAAUCUUUGGAGGCCAAGAAGCGUGAGUUUGCUAUUAUCCGAAUAGAGGAACUCUGCCCUUUCCCACUGGACUCAUUACAACAGGAAAUGAGCAAAUACAAACAUGUUAAAGAUUUUAUUUGGAGUCAGGAGGAACCUCAGAACAUGGGUCCGUGGGGUUUUGUUUCGCCAAGGUUCGAAAAGCAACUGGCCUGCAAGCUCCGCCUUGUGAGCCGACCCCCUUUGCCAGUACCUGCUGUAGGAAUUGGUACCAUUCACCUGAAGCAGCAUGAAGAUAUCCUCUCCAAGACUUUUGCUUAAUGGUGUAUUUUAAAGAAAUACAACUUCCUGUUAAGAAAACCGCCAUAAAAGAAAAAGGCCUGCUUCCUCUACUCUCUUCUUUUUCUAUUAGGUAACAUGAAAUGCCUCUAAGAUGGUGGGUCUCAUGAGGGCAGUUUAAUCUGG